UGUAUCGACAUACGAUGUUUCUGCCUUUGCUGUACUGAACGACUAUGAAACGAAAUCUGAGAUAGUAACAUUACAGCCAAACAGCCUUCAGGCCCCAUUCCUUGUCGCUAUACGUGAAGAUAACAUUGUUGAAAAUACUGAGCAGUUUGGAGUACGCGUUACAUCGACUGAUCCACAAGUGAAUGUUGUAAAUGGAAACCUUCAAGUUUCCAUAACGGAUAAUGACAGUAAGUAACUUUAGUAUACAAUAAACUUCGCAUUGUAACUUCUCACUUGAGUCUCCUCCAGUGAGAGGGUAAUAUUCUUUGUCAAAUAUAAUUUUUAAAACGUGUUAUACUACACUCGGUUCUAUAUAGUAUUUUGACGCACUCAUGUCAACGUGUCUGUUGUGAAAAGAAUGGCGAUCAUCAAAUAAUUUUCUAAGGAUUUAUCUAUCAGUUAUAAACACGUGAUGUGUUUCUAUAUUCAUGCAUCUACUUCAAAGACGAGUUAGACUCUAAACAUUUUAUUGUUAAAUACCUGCCACUACCCUUGUAACAUGUGCAUUCAUCCCUCUCAGAAAUUACCUUAACGAUGGAUUCAAAUACGUAUCAAGUCGGAGAAGAUGAUGGAUUUGUAAGUGUUCGAGUGGUUGUGACUGGACAGACAGCUGUUGAUAUCGCAGGAAGGUAUUUUUACUUGUAGUUUACAAACUAUGAUUUAUUGUAAGUUUAGUAACACUAUAUAAUAAAGGAUGGAAGUAACGCACAACCAUUCGGUCUGGUGUAUAAUAAACCAAUAAACCCAUGAUGUUUUGCUCAUAGAAUAAUAGCAACAUAUAAAGUUAAUUACAUUUAAUUUCUUUCCUUUAGUAGAUUAUCAACAAACUCAUUGACAGCUCAGUCACCGAGUGACUAUGGUACUAUUGCUCAGACUAUACUUGUUACCCCAUCUUCAUCAACACCUCUUACAUUCACCAUAACCAUACAAAAUGAUGCAACUAUUGAAUCAAAUGAAUUUUUCCAAGCUGUUCUAUCUACCACGAACACUGAUCAAGUCAAUAUCGGAACACCAUCUUCUAGCUCAAUUACGAUAUUAGAUGACGAUGGUACGUGAAUUCGAUCGUGAUGUUGGGCAAUUGAUCGAUUUGUCUAAGAUAAAAGGGCUGUAUAUGUAUAAUUAUUUUGGAUAAUAAUUUUACGAUAGGAACGAAGUGUAAAAAUGAAUAGAAUAAAAUGCUAAUAGUUGUAUGGACCAAGUUUUGAUAUUCUUCAAACAAUUCUGUUUUAUUUCAGCAUUGUUCAUUUCGUUUGAACAACCAAAUUAUAUUGUAUCAGAAGACGAUGGAACAAUAACCGUUGGUGUGACGGUCACUGGCUCUACUGCUCUUACUUUGGAAUUUGGGUAG